GCCGUUUUAUAAUAAUAAUAAAUAAAUAAACGAAUUCGUGAAUGGGUUAUGUGAAUGGGUAAUACAUUCAGCUUUCUCUCGUCUUCAAUGGAUCAUUUGCGGCCUUGUGCAAGAUAAUGCAAAAUAGUGGUACUUUUAUUUCUUAAUUAUUUUUUAGCGAUGGAAUUCUGUCUCCAGCCCUGCACACUAUUAUCUUCCUCUCUCAUUUUCUUCCCAUCUCAUCUUUACAUAUCUAGAUUUUCACCGGUUUAGGCUCUGAACGGCUUCAAUUUGGGGUUGACCUGGGUGAAUUGAAGGUUUUGGAAGAGUCUAAGCGAGAUUCUCAGUUGUCAAAAGCUUUGAACCCUUCUUCUAGAUUUUCUGGAAAGAUCUACGCAGCUUGCACACUGCGCCAUCCGCCUCCCCUGUGCAUUCCGCCUCCCCUGCACAUGUCUACAUAACUUCCAUCUUCUUCCCUGCUUCAGGCCAUCCAACCUCCAGCCAACACAUAACACCUCUGCCGCCACAACCACCAUUGAGCAACACACUGACCAAGGAUUCUUCUCCUCUUGCUGAAUCAAAACUAGCAGCAAGUUUGUGCACAGAUUCGCCGACGAGCUUCUAAUUUGGCGGUAACGGCGACAAGCUUCGCUGAGAAACUCCAUUUUCAAGCUUCAUCGACGAGCUUCUAAUUUGGCUGGAUCAAAUCUGUCGACCGCCUUGGGACCGAACAAAUCCGCCGCAGAUCUGAUUGUUUUCCCCACAGAUCUGAAAUUUUUGGCUUAGGGAGACAGGGGUUAGAGCAACUGGGGAAGGAGCUGGGACGAAGGCCUGACCGGGAUGGUGAGGGAGACUAUGAAAGGGGCUGGUUGGGUGGUGGUCGGGUUGGGACAGGGGAGGGAUUGCAUCGAGGCUGGGCUGGGGUUUGUGAGGGGGGCUGGGGAGGGCAGUGGCUAUGCGGCUGGAGUUGUCAGAAGGUCCGGCGGCGGCCAUUGUGGUCAAAUGGCGGUGGUGGCAGUAACCGAAAGAGGCAGGGCUGAGUUCAGCGGAUCUUGCGGCAGUGACAUCACUGUGCGGUGGCGGCAUCACUGCGGUGAUGUCACUGCGGUUUUAGUGACACGCGCGGCGGCUAUAGUGACACGCCCGAUGGCUAUAGUGACACGAGUGGUGAUGACAGUGACACAGACGGUGGCUAUAGUGACACGGGCGAUGGCUACAGUGACACGGUCGGUGGCUACAGUGACACGGGCGAUGGCUACAGUGACAUAAAAUCUGGCAGACACUAUGUUUUUCUAAAUAUAUGACAUUCUUGCUCACUUUUUUGCCCCCUUUUAAAAGUGGUCACUUAUGUUAGAACAGACAAAAUUAUGAAUGUUUU